AACAAUCGGAUCACUAUUUCUUCGAUAUCCUCUCUCCUUUUACCCGUCCCUUCUCUCUCUCCCUCCGGAGACUUUUUAGGGUUUCGUUCCCGUUCGUCGUGACCCUUCGCCCUCCUCCUCUCCCCGAUCCCAAGAGAUGUCACAAACAAAAGAAGUGAGGUAUACCUCUCAAUCUAUAACACCUCCUCCGAGGGGGCGCAGUAGAUCAAGGUCGUCAUCAAGGUCAAGAGGCAGGAGUCGUUCUAGGAGCCAGGAUUCAAGAAACCCCGGUAACAACUUGUAUGUCACAGGAUUGUCCACACGAGUUACUAGCAGUGAUCUUGAGAAGUAUUUUAGCAAAGAAGGGAGGGUUCAAGAAUGCCACGUAGUCUUAGAUCCACGAACAAAGGAAUCUCGUGGUUUUGCCUUUGUGACAAUGGAAACUGUAGAGGAUGCGAAACGCUGCAUUAAAUACCUCCAUCGUACUGUGCUUGAAGGUCGCUUGAUUUCUGUCGAGAAGGCAAAAAGAAAACGUGGGAGGACACCAACUCCUGGAAAAUAUUGUGGUUUGAGAGGUCGUGCUCGUAGACGGUCGCGCAGCUACUCGCCUUACCGGCCUAGGGAAAAGGAGCGGUCUCGGGAAAGGGGCCGGCGGGACCGUUCCCGCUCGAGGGACCGGCACGACCGUUCCCGCUCGAGGGACCGGCAAAGAAGCCGCAGGGAUCGGUCCGUGUCGCCGAGGACCUAGCUUACCGACUGUAAGGAAUCCAAGCAUGAAUUCGUGAGCCCGAGCUCUUUGGUCGGUUGUGAGGAUGGUAACUGCUUUUGGAUAGUAAUGUAUUGGUGCGGAUGUAGGCUGACGUGAACUGUGGCGCCCAUUAAGUUGUUAAAAAUAUUUUGUGAAUUAUUGUCUUAAAAUUAAGGGCUAAAAAGUAGAGUUGUUACUGUGAUACGUUGUUUUUUCUAAUGGUGGCUAACACUUGGAAAAUUAGUUUGUUGCCCUUUCGUAUCUGCC